GUAUUGAUGGAGAACAUCCUCGAUUCUGCAUAUUAUCGACUUACGAAACGAGGGCUGCAAUGUAUUGGUCACUGGCCGUUUCAACCUAAGAGAGAGAAGAGAUAUUUGAGGUGCUUAACGUUUAUCAUUACUAUCAGUUUAUUGAUACCGAAGAUUAUCAAAUGCGUCGAAUCAUGGGGUGAUGCGGAUAUUAUAAUUGAGUGCAUACCCAUCAUCAGCUGUUAUGCAUUAGCUCUGAUAAAGUUUUUCAAUUGGAUAAUUAUGGAAGAUCGUUUAAAACAGUUACUGACGACGGUUGAAAGAGAUUGGAGAAGUUUGACUAGUCAACGUGAUAUUGAAACGCUGCAUCAUUACUCAGAGCAGGGGCGGAAGUACAACCUAGCAUAUACAAGUACUGACCAGAAUAUAAUAUGAUAUAUGCAUUUCUCUUUAAGAGACAAUGGGACAAAAUGGAACAUGCGCAGAAUCACAUUCACAUUUCUAUUUUUAUUUUUCCAUCGACUCUAAGUUGAAUGGCAUAAGAAAUAUCAUACGGAUUCAGCAAUGAGAAUGAAAUGAAAUGGAUUUUCAAAAAAUAACAUUAUUCAGAAAUCCUUUCAGCGGACUUUUCUCAAUUAGAAAUUAUUUGAUUAUGGAGAUCGAAAUAAAUAAACACUUGGAGAAUUUUAAGACUGACAAUUAUUAUUAAAAAUUAUAAGAUUCUAGACAGUGAAGAGGUAAUUUACUGAACGAAGACUUACAACGAAUUAACUAACUAUUACUAGUGAAAUGCACGUUA